AUGUCUCAUGUCAUGAAAAUACACACCCUCACACUUGUGAAGGCAGCUCGCCCAAAUCCGGACAUAGGAUUUCGCAUACACCUCUAUGUCAUUUAA